CCCGAUAAAGGAAGAAAUUAGCCUACCAGUUUUCAAUUACAUAAAUUCUCUUGUAGGAUACAUUGAUUUUCGCAGGAUUAGUGCGGAAAUAGUUAUAAAAUUGAUCGAACCGUUAUACAUUGUUCCGUUUCCUAAGAUCAUAGACUCAUGCCGAUUUCAAAUCUGCGAAAAGUCUCAGUUAUCUGAAUUUUAUGGGACUCCUGGUAUUACGUGGGAUAGAAAUAGUUGUGGUUCAGGUUUAAUUAUUAGUGAUGAUGGGUAUACAGUCAGCGCACGUCAAGAUAUUAGUCUUUGUCAAAGUGUGAAAGCCAAUUAUCCAAUGAUGAACAGUGGUGUUCACGAAUUUCAUGUUUUGCUUGAAAAAAUCAGUGUUUGUUCUUGGAUUGGUGUUUGUGGUGAAGGGCUAAAAUUUUCAGAAUUCGCCGGAUACCAUAACGCGCAUGUUUUAGGUUCGGAAGGAGAUUGCUAUAUCAAUAAUGUGUAUGGUGGCACGAAAAUACCAUCCUUCAGUAAUGACAAUACACAUGUUAUUGUGCACCUAGAUAUGGAUAAUAAGACGAUUGCGUUUUCGGUUAAUG